AUGGGUGAACCGGGUUCAAGCAGCGCUCCGACACGGGUUCGAGCCGGCAAAGCAUGCCAACGAUGUAGCCAACGAAAAGUGAAGUGCGACGGAGCUAUUCAUGGCUUGCCAUGUAGUAGGUGUCGCUCUGACGGUGUGCAGGACUGCAAACUCAAUAGCUCUCGUCGUGGCUGCUAUCAACGCAAAGGGCGACCAAUUCCAUCUUCCUCCAGAGCAAAACAGUCUCUUGACGCUGCAAGCAUACAGAAUGACAUCAGCGAGCAAGGUGCAUUUUCGGACAACAAUUUUGCUGGAACAAGCGGUGACAACCAAGAGGCAAUGCCCGUCUCGUAUCAAGGACUGGCACUUCCAGUACCAGAACCUGCCCCUCCCACAGAGACCCCGGACGGACUUGUCUCGCCUUCAUCGCUGGAAGGUGAUAACGAGUUUAGUGCCAUUGAAAGGCAGGCUGAGGCGUCCGGGAGCGUCGUUAAUGUUAAUACGACGACGUCACAGUCCUUGCACGCUGUAUUCGAAGACUUCCUUCGCCAACAAGGAAUCAGUGAUGAUGAGGUGGCCGACAAACUAGGUUUCGUCCUUCUUAGUCAGUCUUCUCCUCUGAGCUUCGCACUCCAGGAGAUUCAGAAUAAGAGACUCCAGUCCAAUACCGCCGUUGCUCCAAGAGAACAAACUGCCGAUAUGGUUGGGAAUGUCUCUCGGCAGGACCAUCAUCCCUCUCACGUGGCUCCUAAAGCCAUUUCGUAUCUGCAGUCGAUAGGUGCGUUCGAUCUACCGGAACCACCAAUUUUGGAAGCCUUUAUCCAGGCCUUCAUGACUCGAUUUUAUCCGUUAUAUUCAAUUGUGGAUAGCGAUGAGAUUCAGACACUAUAUCGCGAGCAGAAGUUACCAUGGAUCCUCCUAAAUGCUAUCUGCUUGAUCGGUGCGACGUUCUGCGACGCUGAUAUCAUCCAUCAAUCCUCAUUCAAGAAAAGAAGCUCGGCACGCCGUAUUUUCUACAACAAAUCGAAAGCACUUUUCGACUUUGGUUAUGAGACUAAUAAGAUUAUACUUCUCCAGUCAGUGCUCAUGCUGACAUUCUGGGGCCCGCAUAUGAAGACCUAUUGGAACCCUUCCUCAUGGAUUGAUUUCGCCACGAAUAUUGCUGCAUCUUUGGGCAUUCACCGUAGCUCAAGUCUGACCCAAUACGGCUCAAAAUACCAAAGGCUGCUUCGGAGAGUGUGGUGGACUGUACUCGCUCGAGAUGCAUCAUGCGCCACGCUUCUGGGCCGGCCUUUCAGGAUCAGAAUAUCUCAAUGCGACACUGAUCCACUGACGUUGGACGACUUCACUGGCCCUAGUGGUGCCGUGGGUGGACAGGAGCAGCAUGCACUAUAUCAGAUUCAUAACUCAAGAUUAUCGUUGAUACUCCGUCAGGUUUCUGAGUGGCAGUCGAACGGUGGUCUAAAUCGCGAGAAGCAGGACGACCUCCACACCCUGCUUCAGAAUUGGCACCACGAGCUACCUGCAGCCAUAGACUGGGCUCGACAACCUGAUCAGAAGAACAUCUUUGCAAAUAGCCUCAAGGUUGUCUAUCACCACCAUGUGAUACUUCUUUACCUAGAAAGCCCCACGCAGGUGACCAGCAGUAUCAACUACCAGCGCCAUGCAACCGCUUCUCUGUCGGACGUCGUUGUCUCAGCAGCACAAACGAUCUCAUCGUCUGCACUAAGUCUCAUGGUGAACCACAGUGUGAGCUCGAUGUCGCCCGAGAUUUUCACAGGUUUCUUCAUUGCUGGCGUGGUGUUCUACAGGCAAACUCAAGAGAAGGACUCCCCUUUGGUACAGCUCCAGCGUUCUGCGCUUGAUAACUGUCAAAUGAUACUCAACGAGGCGCGUGAGAACUGCGAUGCAGCACAAUGGAUGAUGCGUGUUUUCGAGUUUCUAUUGUCUGGUCCGAACGAAUCCAGAGGAAACGAGAUCUUGCCUCCUGAAUUGAAUGGAGCGCCCCCAUUAGCCGCGGCACGUGGCCUCGAGGACAAUGCGGAUGGUCUCUCUGGUGUAGUGGACUCCCGUUUCGAAUUCCAGGACCCUAACAUGUUAAUGAUGGAUUGGGACUAUCCAUUUCAGGAAAAUUCCGGCGGGCCAGCUAAUGAUUUCUUUUUCAUGCCCGACUGGUAUGCACCUGCGGUUGGCAUUACGGCUGAGAGCCAGUUUUAUUCUCAUAUCUAG